GCCAGUGUGGAGGGAAUGAUAAUUUGAAAAUAUAAUCUGGACGGAGAGAAGAAAAAAAAAUAAUUCAUGACAGGACGUCAAGAGCAUGCGAUCAAACAAAAGUGCGCAACCCAAAGCGCUCCGCUCGUUUCGUCUGGCAUUCUGCGGCUCUAUAAAUGAUUCAUGCGACCUUAUUUUUGAGGGAGUAAUUGCGCUCGCGCUGUGUGUUACUAUCAGUUAUGACUGCGUUCGCGUGAGAGCUUGCGUGUAAGCCGGCUACAAAUCUGCAGAGAAGAAGGAGAUCUCGAGACAUCUGAAACUGGAGAGAGAGUCCACAGAAAGUCUAUUGAUUUCGUUCUCUUCCUACGGGUUGGAGAAUUGAAUUCUCAAGCGUCUACAGCCGGGCCGUCUGUCAAGUCGUCUGUCAGAGCAAUCAACUGUUGCUGCUACCGAGUGAUUGAAGAGACGCGAUUUCCCCCCCAAAGUAUUUGAUGUGGCAUUGAAUUUGGCAAGGUUCGGUUAUGGGUACAAAUUAAAGCACCUCGAUCGUUCGUUAUGGACAUUCAACUCACUCAAUGUGACGACACUGUUCAAUUAAGAUGGAAAACAAGACUAUUGUUCCUAUAGAUGCUUUGGUAACAUUUAGGUGUUCGGUUUUGAUACCGCAGACUAGACAUACAGAAUGACCAGUCUCUCUAUAGCUGCCGGCGUUUUUGAUAUUGGCAUUCAUUUUUGUUUUGGGCUGUGACAGAAGGACGAUUGGACAUUUUUAACAACCCAAGGCGACUGUUGGAUUUACAGCGAAUUUUAUUUCUUUUGACCUUGCCAGUGAUCCAAAAAAUCAGCGCAAAUGUUGAUGAUGGAGAACAACGGUAUGGAUGCGCAUCAGGUUGACACGGAUUUUGAGCCACAAAGCCGGCCACGGUCAUGCACCUGGCCGCUGCCGUGUCCAGAGGAUAUUCCGGGAGCCGAGGAGGAGAACCGGGGUCUACCCCUGGCGUCCGUGAAAGUGGAGCCGUACAACGUGCCAGCAUGCAGAGGCGAGAGAGGCGGUGGAGCGCCGUCAGAGAUAAAGCACCCAGCCGGCGCCCCAGCCCCGAUCGCCGCCGCUCCCGCGUGCAUGUCCGGGGCUGCACUCGAUGUAGCCGGCCAGCUGCGCAAAUCCAAAUCCUCGCGACGGAACGCGUGGGGCAAUCUCUCUUACGCGGACCUCAUUACGCGUGCAAUCGAAAGCACCCCAGACAAACGACUCACUUUGUCACAGAUUUACGAUUGGAUGGUCCGCUUUGUACCCUAUUUCAAGGAUAAAGGCGACAGCAAUAGCUCCGCCGGCUGGAAGAAUUCCAUCCGGCACAACCUGUCCCUGCACACGCGCUUCAUCCGCGUCCAGAACGAGGGGACGGGCAAGAGCUCCUGGUGGAUGCUGAACCCUGAGGGCGGCAAGAUGGGCAAGGGUCCCCGCCGCCGCGCCGUCUCCAUGGACUCCAACGGCACCAAGUACCUCAAGUGCCGCGGGCGGGUCAGCAGGAAGCGUGCGGGCGCAGGGGGGCCUGGAGGAGCGGGGCUGGGGGCCCGGGGCCUCGGUGCGGGGCCCGGCAUGCAGGGGUCACCCGAACACGGCAGCCCGGCGGGGAAGGCUGGGAGCCUGGGCGUCGGAGGCGUCGGCGGGGUCAUCGGCGGUGGCGGCGGCGAGGAGUUUGACGCCUGGACGGACCUGCACUCGCGCACGAGCUCCUCAGCAUCCACGCUCAGCGGCUGCCUCUCGCCCAUCCUGGCGGAGGCGGAGCCGGACGAGCCGGAGGAAGGCGGCGGUGGACUGUCCUGCUCGGCCUCGCCGCGCCUCUACCCGAGUCCCUCCAGCACCCGCUCGCCUGCCCUGGGCACCGGCGGCCACUGCCCGACCGUCGAGCUGCCUCAGCUGGCCGACCUGACGGGCGCCAUCAGCCUGGACGAGGGCUACUCACAGGCCUCGCAGCUCAAGCGGCCGCCGCUGCCGCUGCCGGCCAGCGGGUACCCCUACACCAAGGCGGGCGAGACCGCGGUGGCCUACUGCGGGUCCAUGUAUGGGCAGCCCUCCAUGGGCAUGCUCCGGCACCACGCGCCCAUGCAGACCAUCCAGGAGAACAAGCCGGCCACCUUCGGCCGGCCCCUGAGGGGCUACUCGGAGAGCAACGCCUUGGAGAGCCUGCUGGCCGGGGGCCCGCAGUACUGCGGCAAGGACAUGGUGGUCGGCCAGCCGGGGGCCGCCGCGGGCCACUCGCUCCUGGCCCAGCAGCCUGGACAGAGCCGCAGCCUGAAUCACAGCAGCCAGGGUCACAAUCACAGUCACAAUCACAAUCAUAACCCCAGCCACGGGCACGAGCAUGCCCUCAAUCACCAGGGGCUCCACAACGGCCACGGGUCCGGCCACGAACCGCAGCAGACCCCUGGCGCCGGUCAGCAACAGCAGCAGCAGCAGCACCAUCACACUCACACGCACAAUCAGGCUCACAGUGGCGGCCUCCCUCACAAACACCACCCGGGCCUGGACUACAGCCACCAGGCCCACAAGCACCACCCGAGCCCCGCGCACGACUACGGUCAGACGCACGACCCGGCGGCAGCGGCGGCACAGGGACACAAGCUGACCCCGCAAGGGCACCAGGGGCACGGCAUGCACGCCGCUGGCCAGCAGUCGGCGCUCUCGCCGCGGCUCAGUGGCGACCUGCUGCAGCCGUACGGCCUGAAGACGGCCAGCCUGUACGGGCCCCCUCCGCCGCGCGGGCCUCACUUGCCCCCCAACCCGGCCGCCGGGGGGGUCAUGGACGUACCGCAGGACCCGUGCCGGCUGGCGUCGGCGCUGCACCCCCGCCACCACCAGCCCUACCCGCCAGCACAACAGCAGGGCAUCGCGGAUGCCUGGCAAGGAUACUACAGUGCCACCCAGCACCUCCAUCCACACCCCCAUCACCAACACCAACAACAACAACAACAACAACAGCACCAACAACACAGCCAGCAUCACCAGCAACAACAGCAGCACUCCUCAUCCUCGCAACACGCCGCGUACCACGGCAACCAUGCUCACCACGGCAACAACGCCCAUCACCACAGCAACAACAACACCUUGGAGAUGGAGGCCAUGGCUGCUGGCGGUGCUGGCGUCACCGCUGGCGCUAGCCUGGACUGCGACGUGGACUCCAUCUUGCUCCACGACUUCAUGGACACGGAGGCCGUGGACUUCAACUUUGACGGCUCGCUGUCUCAGGGCGUGGGCAUCGGCAUGGGGAUCGGCAUGGGCAUGGGGGCGUUUGCCGGACCCCCCCAGACACACAACAGCCAGAGCUGGGUGCCCGGGUGAACUGGACAGGCAAAUCGCCACUGACACUAAUGUGAUUUAAACAUUAAAAAAACAAAAUCGCUUGCCCUCAAGGCGUGUCCCUGGGGCGAGGGGUCAAUCCUGAGUUGACUGCUUUGGCUAUGAUUUCUUUUGUUCAGAGAGACAUAAUGAAGGGACAGAGAGCCAUGUUCCUGUGAUUCCUGAUUCUCAACCCGAUUUGCCCUUUUGUCUUUUGUUUCGUGAUGUCCUCUGUGGUCUAGUGUCACCCCCAACCCCCC